AUGUCGACGGGAUUCAACAGGACGGAUGCUUUAGUCAUAACCUCGCUUCUAUUUCUGAUCCUACUCAUCAAUCGCCUUGCCCUUUCUACCCGUGGACAUCGUCUACCUCCAGGACCCAGUCGCAUACCAUUCUUGGGGAACUUGCAUCAAGUUCCGCUGGUCGACCAACAGAAGACGUUUGCUGAAUGGAUGCAGAAAUAUGGGGAUGUUAUAUACAUUGAGCUAUUCAGCAAGCCCUUUCUCAUCGUGAGCUCAGUUCAAGCCGCGCAGGAUCUCAUGGAGAAGCGGGCAAGCAAGUAUUCUGAUCGCCCGUAUUUCCUCCUGCUACGCGAAUUUGUCAUGACCAAGCCGCUCAUGAUAUUCAUGUCCUAUGAUAACAGGUACCGGCGUCUUCGACGAUGGUACCAAGGCUCGCUUGAGAACAAGGCCGUGCUGGAAGGCUAUCGCCCAGUACAGACAAGGGAGAUCGGCAGACUUCUAUCCUCGCUCAUGGAGACAUCCGAAGACUUCAUUUCCCAUAUCAAACGGUUCAAUGGUGCCGUAAUGCUGGAUAUUGCAUACGGUCAUCGUGUCACGUCUGUCGACGAUGAGUUCAUGAUAUUUGCCGACAAGACCAUUGCCACUAUUACGGCCCUCGGAAGCUUUGCUGCAACCCUUGUCGACUUCUUCCCGAUCAUGAAAUAUCUUCCGUCCUGGAUGCCGGGCAGUGGAUUCAAGAAGCAAGCGGUGAGGGGCAAGGAGAUGUGGGAUGCUAUGGAAGACAUUCCAUAUCAGAAGCUGCGCAACGCCAUGGAGUCCGACUCCGUGAAACGGUCAUUCACAACCUUCAUGCUCGAUGAGGUAUCGCAUGAUGGCAAACUGACUGAGGACGAUGAGAUUGAUGUCAAGGGCUCCGCGACUCUUAUGUAUGCAGCUGGAGUGGACACCUCUAUGACAUCGCUUUCCACACUGAUGUUGGCUAUGACAAUAUAUCCCGAAGUGGCCCGAAAGGCGCAGGCUGAGAUUGAUCAGGUAGUCGGGUUAUCCAGACUGCCAGAUCUCAGCGACAGGGAUGUCCUACCGUAUGUCGAAUCCAUUGUUAAAGAGGUGUAUCGCUGGAACCCUCCCGCUCCUUUGGGCGUGCCUCACUGUGUACGCGAUGAUGACAACUACCGUGGGUACGAUAUCCCAGGAGGAUCAAUGAUUGUUCCUAAUGUAUGGGCUAUGAGCCGGGACUCGGCACUGUACCCGGAUCCGGAAGCAUUCCGGCCUGAACGAUUUGAAGGGCUGGAUGCCAAUGCGACAAGCCUACUGGAUCCUCGGAAAUAUGUCUUUGGUUUUGGUCGACGUAUCUGCCCUGGACGGUAUCUUGCGGACUCGAGUGUCUGGCUUGUUACCGCGAGCAUUUUAGCGACUAUGAACGUAGGACGGGCCCGCGAUGCAGCUGGUCAUGAGAUUGUACCUGCACCAUCCUUCAAGAACGGUAUUAUCAGUCAUGUCGAUCCCUUCGUGUGCACAAUUCUACCUAGGUCUGAGCGAGCGGUGAGGCUCAUUGAAGAGCUUGUAGCACACAGUGCAGAAAACCCUAUUGUGUGA